UAAAAGGUUGAAUUUAUUGAUUUUGACUUCAAAUUUCUAAGUUUUCGAAAACAUGCACUAAAUUUGCAAUAAACAAAAACUAUUUCACGCUUCUAAAUUUUUUUUUAUCGUAAAAUGGUAAGAAAUUUGGUGUCGAGUUGGGCAUAAAUGUCAUUUCAGACUGAUUUUCCAUGUCAGAGUCACAAUCCAGUAUUCUAUUAUUCCAUUCAUGGGUCAUACGAGACCACACCUUACUAACCCAUAGAAAGGACUCAUAAAUCCAUUCGCCCUCAAUUAGCCAUCAUGCCACCAAACCUCCACCUCCUUGCCGCCGCCGGAAUCACCGUCCUUCUCCUCGUUGCGCCCAGUUCCGCCGCUAAAAACCCACAAUUCAGGGAAGCACCUGCAUUCCGCAACGGCAAGGAAUGCUCAAAAUCCCAAUGGUCAAACAAAGACGCAGUGCACGACAACGCCACCAUUCAUAUAGCCAUGACCCUCGAUUACUCCACCCCCUACCUGCGCGGCUCAGUCGCCGGUGUUUUGUCGGUGCUCCAGCAUUCCACCUGUCCUGAAAACACCGUCUUCCAUUUCCUUGCUACACUGCACCACCACCCACACCUCCGCCGCACCAUUACCACCACAUUUCCUUACCUUAAUUUCCACCUCUACCCCUUCAACCCCACCACCGUCAAUCACCUCAUCUCCUUCUCCAUCCGCCGGGCCCUCGAUCAGCCCCUCAACUACGCCCGCAUCUACCUACCUGACCUCCUCCCCCCAGCCGUCACCCGCAUUAUCUACCUUGACUCCGACCUCAUAGUCAUUGACGAUAUUGCAAAACUCUGGCGAAUCAAUCUUAACUCUCGCGUCUUAGGUGCCCCCGAAUAUUGCCAUGCUAAUUUCAGCCAUUACUUCACGUCAAGGUUCUGGAAAAGUCCUCCAUUUUCCACAGUAUUCAAAGGCCGUAACCCAUGUUAUUUCAACACCGGCGUGAUGGUAAUUGAUUUGACAAAAUGGAGAGCUCACGGGUACACAGAAAAACUCGAGUACUGGAUGAGAAUUCAAAAGAGGUACAGAAUCUACGAAUUGGGUUCAUUGCCUCCAUUUUUACUAGUUUUCGCCGGGAAUGUUGAAGGAGUAGAGCACCGGUGGAAUCAGCACGGACUCGGCGGCGAUAAUCUUGAAGGUUUGUGCAGGGAUUUGCAUCCGGGUCCGGUGAGUUUACUCCACUGGAGUGGAAAAGGGAAGCCAUGGUUGAGAUUGGAUGCUAAGAAGGCUUGCACUUUGGAUUAUCUUUGGGCGCCGUAUGAUUUGUUCCGCCAUGAAUAUUUGUUUUCAGAUUGUUGAAUGCAUUACGGAGGAUCAUAGCCCAAGAUGAAUAAUUGAGAGGUCAGAGGUGAGUUGGAGACAGACAGUAGUGAAGUGAAGUGAAAGGACAAAUUUUGUGGAUGAAUAUUAUGACGUGGGAAGGAUGCCAAAAAAAAACGAGUUUUACAGCUGGCCUUGGUGUAUAUUUAUAUAUAUAUAUAAAUUUUGCUGUCUCAAAGGGUGGUGGUGGGCCGCCGUGAGAGGUGGUGGAUUUUGGUGGCUUGUGUAAUUAUCUAGUUUUUGUGGAAGUGGUUGGAUUCGUAAAGAUUCUCGUGUUUCUGUCAAGGGGGUCCUGUUUUCUGGGUUGGGCAUAGAGCAGGUACUUAUGUUGUGUAUUUACUAGGGACCUUUUUGUAUUAUUA